AUGGUAGGAUACGGUGGACAAGAGGCAAAUGGUCGUGAGCUAACCACUAGUGAAUACAGUGAAGCCGGAUUGUUAAGCGGUAUUGCAACGAGGUGUAUUAUACAGCCAUUGGACGUGCUUAAGAUACGAUUCCAGCUUCAAGAGGAGCCGAUGCAUGGAUCACGUAAGGGGAAAUAUUCGGGAAUCGUUCAAGCUUUAUUGUUGAUCAGAAAAGAGGAGGGCAUGGCAGCGUUCUGGAAAGGUCACGUUCCGGCUCAAGGCUUAUCUGCUAUUUAUGGCAUUAUUCAGUUCACUUGCUUUGAAGUACUCACCAAGCAGGCUCUUCAUGUACCAAUUGCUUUAACGUAUCGUGGUGUAACAGAUUUUGUAUGUGGUGCAGUUGCUGGAUGUUGUGCGAUGACAGCAGCUAUGCCCUUAGACGUUAUACGAACACGACUGGUUGCUCAAGGGGAACCCAAAGUUUAUCGUGGCACCUUACAUGCAACUCUAUGUAUAUGGAAAUUUGAAGGGCUGCGAGGUUAUUUUCGAGGUUUGAGUCCCUCACUCGCACAGAUUGCUCCGUACACAGGAAUACAGUUCGCCUUGUAUAACUGGUUUGUCGGUCUUUGGAAAAGGUUUAUCAAUAGAUAUGAGUCAACCGGAGCUUUGAUGUGUGGAGCUUUAGCUGGAACUGCAUCAAAGACCAUGUUAUAUCCACUGGAUAUGGUCAGGCACCGUUUACAGAUGCGAGGUUUUAAGCGAAGAGGGUUCGGCAAAACAACACAGUGUCAGUCAAUGGUCGACACUUUCAUUCAUGUCACCCGAAACGAAUCUGCACUAGGAUUGUUCAAAGGUCUGUGGCCAUCAAUGCUGAAAGCAGCAGCGAAUUCGGGUUUUGCAUUUCUCUUCUAUGAACUCUCACUUGAUUUAAUUCGCACCCUCUAG